CAAUGAUGACUAAAUCCCAAAGAACAAACGCCAUUUUUUAAUUAAUUCGACGAAAGAUUCUCAACCGAUCCCUCUGUACCCUCCGUCGGCCAUCUUGGAUCCAGAGAGAAACAGGAACCGCCGGGAUGAACGUCGCUCGUGCUGCUGUCCGCACCUUCACCUCCAGCUCAGCUCGCCGAGCUGCCACAGAUGUUCACCCUGGCUAUGGCCAGAUCCGUGGUACCAUGAACAAAUUCCAGGUUGACAAUGGUAUGCCCAUCCACCUGAAGGGAGGUGUUUUCGACAACCUUCUGUUUGUAAGCACCUGUGUACUCAAUGCCGUGGGUCUUAGCAUGACUCUGGGAUUCAUAUAUGAUAUGAGCUUCCCCAAGAAGGCCUAGUAAAGACGCUAUAGAAGAAGAAUAUUUAUAUCAUCUUUCAACAAGGCGGGUGCUUGAUAAUCUCGUGUAUAUAUGUGUCUGCCAUUGAAUUUAUCAUAAAAAUGUACAUGUCAGAUCAAUAAAUUUUAGAAAGGAAA